GAUUUCAUAUUUGGUCCGAAGACGUUGAAUUUUGUGUACUGUUACUGUUUGACACAAUGAGAUUUGUUAUAGUUUUCAUGGCGAUUUUGAUUUUGGCCAAAGUUGUGCAUACUCGAGAUGAAUGUAUUUUUCUUCCUAUUCAAGAGUUAAAUAAAGAUAACCGUGAAUUACGACACUUUUCUUGCGGCUUACCACGUUAUGAAUAUGCUGACUGUAAUUAUUCUUCUGUGGAAGUGCUAAAAAUUGAGAAUUGCCCUGUCGAAUCGAUCGAGUCCAAAUUUAUUGGGUAUCGAAAUGUGAGCACGUUGGACUUUUCGUUUUCAGGAUAUACGACAUUGGGCAACUUACAUUUACCAUUCGUCCAUUUGAAGCUGUUUAAUGUGUCUUACAACAAAUUAACGGAAGUGCACAAGGAUCUAUUUUUCAAUACAAAACAAUUAACGGAAGUGGACUUUUCACACAAUCAAUUCGAAAAAAUAGUUUCGGGUUUGUUUAGUGGGCUUUUCGAUUUAGAAGAGCUCAAUCUAAGUGAUAAUAAAAUUAGAUCGAUUUAUGUGGACACUUUUCCAAAGAAUUCCAAAUUAAAAACACUGAACCUAAAAAAUAAUCCUAUUCAACGGAUAGAUUGUGGCAUUACACACUUACUGAAUGGCAUAACUUCAAUAAAUGUGUCAUUCGAAAAAGUUACUUACUUCGAUUUAUCUUGCGCGAACCCUAUGGAAUGGACAAUGAAUGAAGAAGAAAUAAUUUUUAAAAAUGCAAACAGCAAAAAUGAGCUCCGAUAUCCUAAGAUGAACUUCAAAAAUUUAGAAGUACUCUCGAUCAGCGGAAAUCGAUUAGAAAACGCGCUAAACCUAGUAAACAGGUUGAGAAAAUCGAUUUGGGGAUUGGAUCUAAGUGGAAACAUGUUAGGAAAGAUAAAUGAGACAACGUUUCAUAGUUUGAACAAUUUGGAAGAUUUAUAUCUAAGUGAAACCAAUCUCUCAUUCGCUGCUGAAUCUAAUCCCUUCGAGCAUCUUAACAAUCUGAAGAGACUCGAUAUUUCCUACAACAAUUUAACAUCACUGAAUAUCAGUUUACUUUCAAAAACUUUGAGUAAUUUGAAAGAGUUCCGAGCGGCUGGAAAUCACUUUGACAACGGUCUAGGAAUCAUACACAGUCUCGGAUCAAAUCUACGGGUAUUGGACAUUUCUCAGAAUAUCAUCGGAACAUUGAAUCUCAGUACAUUCGAACGUUUUGGGCCUUUGUUUUGGUUAAAUUUGUCAGACACACAUUUGGAACAUUUCGAUGUGAAUCCACUGAAAGUGUUCUUUUUAGACAUUUCACGAAACAAAUUGAAGCGAUUGAAUGUGGAUUUACUAUCGCAUACUUUGAGAAGGUUACAAUACUUUCACGCAUCCGAUAACGAUUUCGAAAAUACUACUGAAAUCAUACAACAUUUGGGAUCACAUCUAGAAUAUCUGGAUCUUUCUGGAAAUUAUGUGGGAAAAUUGAACGAAACUACAUUUGAACUAACCUGGUAUAUUAAAUGGCUGUCGCUUAGACGCACCAAUUUAUCGAUUUCUGAUGUUAAACCUUUUGAAACUAUGCGGUUUCGGUUGGACUACCUAGAUAUUUCGAAAAAUAACUUGAAAAAAUUAAAUUUCUCUACUUCGAUUGUUUUUCGGACCUUAGAAGAAAUUAACUUGAGUGAAAACCAUCUUACCCAACUGGACGGUCUCAAUAAGCACUCUUAUCCAAAACUCGCCAAACUGGAUAUUACAAAUAAUAAGUUGAAUUGCACCGAUCUAAUCAUGUUCAGAAGAGAAUGGUACGGACUAGAGAUAAUCGGAGGUCCGUGCACUGCAAUUGAAAACAAUGAAACUCAAAGGCAAACUGACACAGAGAGCAGCACACCAUAUCUUAACAAACCGAAGAGACUCGAUAUUUCCUACAAUUCUUUUACAUCACUGAAUAUCAGUUUACUUUCAAAAAAUUUAAGUAAUUUGGAAGAGUUCCGAGCGGCUGGAAAUCACAUUAAUAACGGUCUAGGAAUCAUACACAGUCUCGGAUCAAAUCUAUGGAUAUUGGACCUUUCGCAAAAUUUCAUCGGAAAAUUGAAUCUCAGUACAUUCGAACGUUUUGGGACUUUGAAGUUGCUAAAUUUGUCAGACACACAUUUGGAACAUUUCGAUGUGAAUCCACUCAAAGUUCUCUAUUUAGACAUUUCACGAAACAAAUUGAAGCGACUGAAUGUCAGUGUACUGUCGGAUACUUUGAAUGGAUUAUGGAACUUUCAAGCAGCCGAUAACGAUUUCGAAAAUACUACUGAAAUCAUACAACAUUUGGGAUCACAUCUAGAAUAUCUGGAUCUUUCUGGAAAUUAUGUGGGAAAAUUGAACGAAACUACAUUUGAACGAACCUGGUGUAUUGAAUGGCUGUCGCUUAGACGCACCAAUUUAUCGAUUUCUGAUGUUAAGCCUUUUGAAACUAUGCGGUUACACUACCUAGAUAUUUCGAAAAACAACUUGAAAAAAUUAAAUUUCUUUACUUCGAUUGUUUUUGAGACCUUAAAAGAAAUUAACUUGAGUGAAAACCAUCUUACAAAAUUGGAAGGUCUUUCUAAGCAAUCAUAUCCAAGACUCACCAAACUGGAUAUUAGAAAUAAUAACUUGAAUUGCACCGAUCUAUUCAUGUUCAGAGAAUGGAACAGACUAGAGAUAAUCGGAGAUCCGUGCACUGAAAUCGAAAACAAUGAAACUCAAAGCCAAACUGACACAGAGAGCAGCACACCAUGGUACGGAAGAGCAUAUUUUAUUUAUGGAUCAUUGGCAUUGGUAAUUUGUUUGAUUUCAUGCGCUUUGGCUGUCUAUUGUUUCCGAAAACGUCGUAAAAGAGCUGGCUUGACCAAUUUCGAAACUGGUGAUGUCGAUGGUCUUAACCCCCAAUGCCCAUUGAAUGUACAGGCUGAUCUGCUUCCGUACGAUAGGAAAUAUGAGUUUCCACGCAACAAGCUUAAGCUUGGAAAACAACUUGGCGCCGGAGCUUUUGGAAUUGUUUACGAAGCGAUGGCACAGGGAAUCGUUGAUGGUGAGGAGGAGACAAGAGUUGCCGUCAAAAUGGUGAAGAAUAUCGCCAGCAACGAGGUGAUGCGAGCAUUUGAAUCAGAGUUAAAAAUCAUGGUUCAUUUGGGUCAACAUUUGAAUGUAGUCAACCUACUCGGUGCGGUUACUAAGGAAAUCACAAAAUUCAAUCUGAUGAUCAUCGUUGAAUACUGUCCGUUUGGUAAUCUUCAGAGCUUUUUGGCGAAAAAUCGUCAACAUUUUGUCGAUCAAAUUAUACCAGGCACCGAUGAAAUUGAUGUUAACAUAGCUCCAAUGGACAUAUCGACUCAUUCUAAUCGUCCAUCAUUGAAUCAAGGAACCAGUGGUUUUGUGGGCAUGGUAGAUGUGGAUUCAUCAGCUGCUCCAUCGCAUUCGAUUGCAACAAAGGAUUUACUCAUCUGGUCAUUCCAAAUUGCGCGCGGAAUGGAUUAUUUGGCCUCUCGAAAGGUGAUACAUGGGGAUUUGGCGGCGCGGAACGUUUUGCUGUGCGAUGAUAAUGUGGUGAAAAUUUGUGACUUCGGUUUGGCCCGAUCAUUGUACAAAAACGAGAAUUAUCACAUGAAAACCUCGCGUGAGUUGCCAUUCAAGUGACUGGCAUUGGAGUUGAUAAAUGAUCGUGUGUUUAGCACAU